UAGGAGGAGAGAGAGAGAGAAAGAGAGCAUUUCAUUUCUAUCAAGACAGGAGGCUCUGUUAUUCUUCUUCAUCUUCUUCCUUUUCUCUUCUUCUUCUUCGUUGUGUGCUUCCGAAUUUUCUUAUCUGUAAGUUUUCCGUGAAAAUCAGGACGUAUUGGAAUGUUGUGAGUUAUCUUCAUGUUAGAAGAUCUGGACCUUCUCUGUAUUUCUUGACAUAUUUCUUCAGGAGAGAUUCAAGUUUAAGAUUAUAUUUGAACACGGAACGUUGUUGCGAAGAAGAUUUGGUUUCAUCUUCGUUCAAUUUGUACACAAACAGAAAAUAGCAGUUGUCUGCAAAUCGGACGAGAUUUGAAUACUUUCAUUGUUUCGAUAUUCUUCUUCUUCUUCUUCUCAGACGAGUUGAUUCUGGUUUCGGUAGAUAGUUAGACAGAGGCAGUUUGUUGACGAAAUCUGAAACAGGUAACGAAGCUUCAGAGUUUUGAAGAUCGGAGUUAGAACUGAAGCUUCUGAUUAAAAUUAUACCGCUACCUCUCAGACUUUUAGUAAUUUAAGGACGACGACGGAAAUUCAUUCAAUUCGAAAGGAGACGUUCUACAAAAUCUUCUUAGAAAAACCUAAUUCGGUCAAGAAAUAUCAAUUCCUUCUCGGAUCUCUUUACUUGUUCAAUUCUGUUCAUUACAGAUUUAGCCGGAGACGAAGUUGAAUAUUUCAGGUCAAGCUUGGUGGUUUCUAAAGAAAAUAAAUAAUAAUAAUAAAAAGGAUGGAAAAGAAUACUUCUACAAAUACCAACCACAACCGAGAACCAAGAUUAGGAGGCGAUCACAACAGAAAUUUUCCGAGAACCACCGUAACUAAUUCACCGGAGACACGAUCUACGUCGGCAACAUCUUCCGAAUUCGUCUUACAGUGGGGAAAUCGGAAACGACUCAGGUGCAUGAAGAUGCAGGCCAAAGACGGCGGCGGCGGUGGAGAUUCCGCCGUCACCGGUCACCGGACAACUGUCAGGAUCGAUAGAAGAGUAGUCAGAUCGGAUGCUAAUAAUAAUAAUAAUAGUAAUAAUCAUCAUGCUGGCGUUGCAAUCGCUAACACUAAUAAUCAACAGCAUGUAUAUUUGAAUCUCCGGCAGCGCCCUUCGUCUCCUCCUCAUCGUGUUCUAAGGUACAACAACAACAACAUGGAAACAUCGACGGCCAUGAAAGGAGGAGCACAGAUCAACGGUGAUAAAGGAUCUGGAGUAGGGGUCGUGGUGGCGGUUACGCAUGAUAAAAGGGGUGGUCAUCUAAUUAACGAUGCAGGUCCGGCCAACGAAAACCACCAUCACCACCACCGUAACGGGAAUGCUCACGGCGGUUCCGGUGAGGCUGAUGGGAAGAAGGGUGGUGGUGGUGGUGGUGGAGGGUCGUCGUCUGGAAGCGAUGCGAUGGUCGCACCUUGGCCGCCGAAAUUCGUGAUCGGAUUAACGAAUAAGGAGAAAGAAGAAGAUUUCUUUGCUUUUAAGGGUUCUAAGUUACCUCAGAGACCCAAAAAGAGGGCUAAAUUCAUUCAACGCAACCUCAAUUUAAUAAGUCCUGGGGCAUGGUUAUGUGAAUUGAGCCUGGAGCGGUAUGAAGUUAGAGAGAAGAAGACCUCCAAGAAGAGACCAAGAGGACUUAGGGCGAUGGGAAACAUGGAGUCUGAUUCUGAAUGAAGAGAGAGGAGAGAGAAUAGUUCUUCUUCAUUGUCUUUUUUUCUGUAUAAAACGUUUCACUUUUCUUCGUUUCUUAAAGAGCUUUUUACAAGAAAAGUAAAAUCAAAGCUCUUUGCUCAGCUUUUUUAAUCGGUGGUGGAUUAACUGGGAAUUUAAAGUUCUUUUUUUUUUAUUAAAUAUAAAUUAAUUAUAAUUUGGA